AUGAAAUUAGCUUAUGAAUACGGCAAAAUCAUCACACUAGCUGACUUCGAUGUUCCUGUUUAUGACAUUCAAAUGGAAGAGAACAUGAAGGAAAAACUAGGAGAGACUACCGUUGAAUUAAAGUUUCCUCAAUAUCAAUCAAAGAAGAGAAAGGCCAAGGUUGAGAAAAAGAAGAAGAUCUUGAAGAAGGGCACAACGUCCUAUCCUAUUAUCAAAUUCGUUCAAGAUAUCAUGGAUAUGCUUGAUAAACAUGUUGAGACUAUUAAUGAUAGAGAAUAUAAGCCAUUAUGUAUGCCUCCCAAUUCAUCUUUUCUCAAGCCAAUCGAAGAAUGUUGGUCAAAAACCAAAAGCAACAUCAAGAGGGCUCUUCUGGAUGAGGAUUCCAUUCUUACGCCUCAUAGUGUGCAAGCGUAUCAGACAGUUACUGUUGAUGCUUGUUUGGGUUGGAUUUGUCAUUCUAAAAGCUACUGGAAUUGUUGCAUUAAUAAAGAAUUGGGUCUUAAACGAAAAAGAAUGUAUCUUAUUCAACUUUGAAUUUGUCUAUUAUAAAGUGUCUAAUAAUAAUU